UAUAGCACAUUCGGAAUCACUCUUUUUUUCUCUUUCCCUUUCUCUAUUUCAUCGUUUUUCACACAACUCAGCUCAUUCAUUCACCAAACCAAACCCUAGCCACACACGGGCAGCCCUCUCCACCAUGACGAUCAACAAACUCCUCACCCUAGUCCGCCGUUCAACCCGGCGGACACCCAUCCUCACCUCAAUCCGAUCCGCCACUCUCUCCACCUCCUCCGCCGCCCCUGUCACCCGCUCACCCCCUUCACCACCACCCUCCCCUCCACCUCCCAACGUCAUGAUCUACGAUCGCUUAGCCGAAUCCGUCAAACAAAAACUCCAACGCUUAGAAAAUCCAGAUCCACGUUUCCUCAAAUUCGGUUCACCUAAACCCGAAAUCCGUGACCACACACGAAUCCUCGCCGCUCCUGAAACUCGCAUCACAACUCUCCCUAACGGACUACGUGUCGCCACGGAGUCUAGCCUUAGUGCAAUGACUGCUACGGUUGGGGUUUGGAUCGAUGCUGGGUCGAGAUUCGAGACGGAGGAGAGUAAUGGAACGGCGCAUUUUUUGGAGCAUAUGAUUUUUAAAGGGACGGAGAGGAGGAAUGCGAGGGAUUUGGAAGAGGAGAUUGAGAAUAUGGGUGGGCAUUUGAAUGCGUAUACUUCCAGGGAACAGACUACUUAUUAUGCUAAGGUUUCGCAAGGAGAUGUGCCUGUUGCGUUGGAUAUUUUGGCUGAUAUUCUUCAGAAUUCUAAGUUUAAUGAGAAUCGGAUUAGUCGCGAAAGGGAUGUUAUUCUUAGGGAAAUGGAAGAGGUUGAGGGCCAAACAGAGGAAGUGAUCUUUGACCACCUUCAUGCAACUGCUUUCCAGUAUACUCCCCUUGGCAGAACCAUUUUGGGACCUGCUCAGAACAUUAAGACAAUCACCAAAGCUCAUCUACAGGACUACAUUCAGACACAUUACACUGCUCCUAGGAUGGUGAUAGCUGCAUCUGGAGCUGUAAAGCAUGAAGAUUUUGUUGAGCAAGUGAAAAAAUUGUUCACUAAGUUGUCAACAAAUCCCACCACAGCAACUCAGUUGGUUGAAAAAGAACCUGCAAUUUUUACUGGUUCUGAGGUUCGAAUGCUUGAUGAUGAUAUUCCCCUUGCACAAUUUGCAGUAGCUUUUGAAGGGGCUUCUUGGAAGGAUCCAGAUUCAAUUGCUCUGAUGGUCAUGCAAGCAAUGCUAGGUUCUUGGAACAAGACGGCCGGAGGUGGAAAACAUAUGGGUUCUGAGCUAGCACAGCGAGUUGGCAUUAAUGAAGUUGCAGAAAGCAUGAUGGCUUUCAACACCAAUUACAAGGACACAGGUCUUUUUGGUAUUUAUGCUGUUGCUAAGCCGGACUGCUUGGAUGAUUUGUCAUAUUCAAUAAUGUAUGAGACAACCAAGUUGGCUUAUCAGGUUUCAGAGGAUGAUGUUACGCGUGCUCGCAAUCAGUUAAAAUCAUCGCUUCUACUUCACAUUGAUGGAACAAGCCCUGUAGCUGAAGAUAUUGGUCGUCAGCUACUCACAUAUGGUCGAAGAAUCCCAUUUGCUGAAUUGUUUGCAAGAAUCGACGCUGUUGAUGCCAGUACAAUUAAACGUGUUGCAAACCGAUUUAUUUAUGACAAGGAUGUUGCUAUUGCUGCCGUGGGACCUAUUCAGCGUUUACCUGAUUACAACUGGUUCAGACGCAGAACCUACUGGAACCGCUAUUAGUUCAUCUUAGUUUUGUGCUCAAUUUAAACAUAAUGGAAUGUCUGGCAUGUUUUUGUUCAAAUGUACUCCAUAUAUGCCUUUGGAUGGCCUGUUUAGGCCAUCAUUUUUCAUUUAUUUGUUAUAGGCCUGUUUUUGUAAUAUUUAUGCAAUAAUAAAUAUGCUGUUGUCAGUGAUGUAAAUGGCAUCAUUUCAUACUCCCCUAAUUCUUGUAUGAAUGAAUAUUGCAUUGCCCUAAAGUUGCUUGGUUUCUCCCGAACUCCA